UGAUGAAAAUAGGGCGUUAUGAAUGGGAUUCACUUUAUGAAAAAACGCCCUACUCCUUUCUCUCUCUAUAUCUGUGAUAUGUUUUUAUAGUAAAAAGCAGAAACGCUUUCUCAUAUAUUAGAACGUUUUUUUCCUUUUCUUUCGUAAUUUUCAAACAACUCCCUUUACCUUUCUGCUCUGAUAUUUCCUUAAAUACACAUAAAACAGAAUCAGAUUCUCUGCCCUCUCCAAACCACAAUCCUUUUUCUUGCCGUCGAUAAUGGAGUUCAAAUUUCGUGCCGUCGACAAUGUCAAACCACCACCAACCUCGCCGCAGUCUCUUUCCCCGGUCACAUAUCUCCCUCCUGAUCAUCCAUCACUUCAAAUGGACGGAAGCUUUUCUGGCUUGCGAAUGCCGUUAUCCGGCGAGGCGGCACUGAGACGGGAGAUUGAGAAGGAGCUAAUCCGUCGAGAAAUUUUGCGGCGAAGUGAGUUGGAGGAGGAAGUGAGAAGGGAGCUUGCAAUGGAGAAAGAAUUGGGGAUUUCAAUACAGAGGCCGCUCAUGAAUAUUCAGGGACUAAUGUCUCAUUGGUCGAACUCAACCGUGAUGAACCCUGUUUCUCUUGCUCAUAUCCGUGCUUCACAACCACCGUCGAUUUUGCCCCCUUCUCCGGAGAUCAGUGACAAGGACAAAGUUAUAGUGCUGGCUAAGCCAGAUCCCGAUCUCUUUAAUGCAAAGCGAAAAGCAACGGCACCUCCUGUUUCUGAAAAUGAACCUUUUGCGUUUAGUUUGAAGAAAAAAUCGAAGGAGGAGUGGAGCUGUGCACUCUGUGAAGUUAAAGCUACAAGUGAGAGUGGUUUGAAUGCUCAUUUGAACGGUAAGAAACACAAGGCCAGAGAAGCAGGACAGAAGAGGAAGAUUGCCAGGAGAAACAAAAAAAGUGGGAAAAAUGUGAAGGCUACUCAAACUGUUGUUGAUACCACAGAGUUAGGUAUUGAUGCUGAAAAAGAUCAACAGCUUCUUCAACCUUGCACAGCCUUGGAAGCCAUGAAUGAGACUGUUGUUGAUAAGGGUGUUGAAGAAAGUAAAAAAGAGGAGCAGCUUGUGAAGACAGUGGCUGAUAAUGAUACAAGUGCAACAGAAUCAAAAAAUGACAAGUUUGUGGCGAUGAGGGUUGGUAAAAAUGAGGAGCAACUUGGGGAAACAGUUGCUGAUAAUGGUGGAAGUGUAAUAAAAUCCACAAAUGAGGAUAAGCUCGUGGAGAUGAUGAUCGGUAAUGAUAUUAUAAAAUUUGAAAACGGGGGGCUGGUUGCGGAGAAAAGCCAAAAUGUAGGCUCUUUGGAGAGUAUAAAAGAUGCUGCAAUCGAGAAAGCGGAGAAGAGAAGUGCAUUAACAAAAAGGAGAAAGGUUGAACCUUUGUGGUGUGAAAUUUGUGAAAUUAGCACUUUCUCAAAAGCUGUGAUGGAAGGUCAUGUGAAAGGGAAAAAGCACAUAAAGAAAAUGAACAAGUUUGGACAAAACAAUGCAAGUCCCCCAUCCACAUCUUCUGUAUCACAAAAAGCUCCUAGGUUGAUCAAAGAUGCAUAAACUGUCAACAACUAAACAAGUUAAAGGGAGAACCAACACUAAGAAAGAAGUGAUUUUUUUUUCUAAUUUAGAUUAAGUACAUCAUCUAGUAGGUGAAUUAAUGAAGGAUUAUUAGCAUAUGCAAAGUGUUAUGUUAAUUUCCUGCAACUACAUAUUUCUAAAAUUAACCUGCAAACAUUUUGAAGUGUUUUAUUAUUAAUGUAAUGUAAUGGAGAUCAUUACCUCAUGAACUCAUUUGACUUGUUAUGCUACAUCUCUCAAUACAUAUCACAUAUAUUUACUUAUUAGGAGUAUUA